AUGGCAUCAAAGUCAAAAAAAUACAGAGCAAUUAAAAAGGAGAUCAGAGAUGUACUAUCAACUCUAAGUGGAAAUGGUGAACCACCUGCAAAAGUGUGCUUAUUGGCUAAUGAAUCAGUUCAUGAAGAGAAUCUUGAUCAUUUGCAAAACCAACAACAUACUCAUAUCAAAGUUGGAGAUGAAGAGAAGGGGAUUGGGAAUAUCCUUGAAGAGGCAGCUGAAGGAAAGAAUGUGAAGUCCCUACCUGCUGGAACUGAGGAAGAAAAAGAGACCUCAAUGGACAAGUCCAUACCAUCUCAUAACAGUCAAAGUACUUUGACCAGUUCACUCCGCCAGUGGGCCGUGAAAAGUCGGGUGCCACAUACCUCACUCACUUCUUUGCUGUCAAUCCUGCGGUGUCAUGGUCAUCCUGAGUUGCCUCAUGAUGGAAGAACACUUCUCCAGACAUUGCGAAAUGUGGAUGUGAAGAAAUUGGGGGAUGGAGAGUUUGUGUACCUAGGAAUAGAGCAGGACAAUUAUCAUGCUGCUCAUGCACACCUGAAGAAGGCUGAAGAGACCUCAGAUCUGAAUUCAGAGCAUGAGGAAAAGCGAAAAAGGAAGCCAACAUGCAGAUAUUCUCCCCCUGCAAGCAAAAAAAGGAAGAGAGUGGUGAGGAAGACUCGGAUCAUAUCAGAUUCUUCAACCUCAUCUUCAUCUGAGUGUAUCUCAGAUAAUGAGAACAUGAGCAUACAGAGAUCAUUUAAUGCUCAUGAAGAGGAAACUGCCAAUACAAGUGUCAUGCAGCUUGUAGGAUCAAGAAGUCAACAUGAAGAACUAAUGGAACCUCAACCCAUAGAGAGUCUUCCCAUCCCUUCAAAAAGUCUACCUUCAGAUAAACCUUCCGAGGGAAUCUUGACAAGCUCUGAUGGUCAGAGUCAACUGGGGACUAAUUUGAUCAACAGUUCAUCAACACCAAUGCACCUGACAAGGAUUUCCCUUGAUGAGACAGGUACUAGACAGGUGAUUGCCCUGCUGGUGUCCAUCAAGCACAAUAUCCUUCAGCAGGGCAGAAGAUUGGAUAAUAUGGAGAUCAUGAUUCAAGGGCUUAUGGACGGAUACAGUCAUCUUCCAAGACCUCAGGAACCUCAGUCGAUAGUGAAUACUUUGAAUUUGGCUCUCCCCAUCAUUACCCUUGAGGAUUUUCAUCUGAUUGACGAAAGACUUAACUCUCCAGAUGUUAGGGAAUCAAUGGUUGAAACCUUGGCGUUGAUAGGAGGACACAACCUGGCGGAUUGUACUAAUAGGAUCCUGAGAGCCCUCCUAUCAAAUGAAUUGGCUUCCCAGAUGAGUAUACAUGGGCGAAAGUUGAAUAAAAUUCCCUUCAUUAAGACUAACUUCUUUGAGUUGGUUUUUGAUGCAGUUCGACGUAAUCCCCGCCUUACCAACCCAACCCAGAAGGAUUAUGAAGAGAAGCUCGGGAAGUGGCUAAAGAACGCCCAAAAGCGUUUGAAACUAAGGUGCCGAAAUGAGCUUGGAGAAUUGGGAUGGAGGGUACCCAGCCCACGAGGGAGCCGCCAUCGUUUUCACUUGCUCUGUGGGACGUUCCCGACUCUUCUCAGACGGGUCUUGGAUGCACCAGACACGUUGUCAGUCUCCCUGUACCACAUGGCAUACGACCUUCGAGAAGAGAAGUACCCGGAGUGCCUGUUGACGAAGAAGGGACGAGAGUAUAUCGGGACGAUGAACAGAACAAAAUCAGGAAGGGAUUGCCUCAGGUGGGACGCCAUACCGUACGGAAUCCCAGAUGAUUUUGUCACCGAUUUGAGUGUAAAUCCGUUGCGGGAAAAAGGAAUUCCAUUCUUCUGGGUACCAGAAAUGAUGAAGAAGAAAACCAUGGAGUGUGAACUUAAUUUCCUUGGUUUUGACUCCUGGUCGCAAAUGAAUUACUGCCGGAACCCCACCCAGAAGGAAGGACCUUGGUUUGAUGAAUCUUAUUCGAAACUGUUCUUUGAUCUCAUUGCACGACUUGCCCAGGAGUCGAAGUGA